AUGUCAUGCAAUGUUUGUCUUCGUCAAAUAUCAUCACAAGUCCUUGGUUACUUUUGCAUAUCCAUCUUCUUUGUCUUGACAACUCAUAUUGUUUAUGUUUACUACACAAUAUUAAUUCCAAAUGCAUUCAAAACACAACAUUAUGCGAAAUUUCUUUUUCAUCUCACAUUUGGACAGUGGAUCGCGAUGAAUAUUUACUUUAAUUACAUUAUGGCCUGGUUUACAUCACCUGGUCUGGUGAAAGAUCACCCAAAACUAUCCGACGAAUACCCUCGUUGUAAAAAAUGCUCGUUAUAUAAACCACCACGAGCUCAUCAUUGUCGCUGGUGUAAUUUAUGUGUCUUAAAAUUCGAUCAUCACUGUCCAUGGUUGAACAAUUGUGUUGGUUUUUAUAAUCAUCGAUAUUUCUUUCAAUUUUGUUGUUACAUGUCUAUCGGAUGUUACUAUGCAGGAACGAUGGGCUUUCACGAAUUUCAAGUCGCACUUUUCGGCAAACAGAUAUUUUCUCAAUUAGAUUCAUUUUUAAAACCAAUGGCGAUCAUCAGUGAAAUGUCUAUGGCUGAUUACAUAACAUAUUUCGUGUUUAUUGCUGCAUUUACAACAAGUUUUCUCUUGGUAAUUCUUAUCUAUCGACACAUCCGAACAAUCAGUCGUGGAAUCACAUCGGUCGAACGUUUACUUCAUAAAGAUUAUGCUCGACAAUGUCGCGAGCAGAAUCAUACAUUUGUUAAUCCUUACGAUUUUGGUGUACUCGAAAAUUGGAAACGGUUUUUGAAUGUUUAUACAUUUGGUGAAUUCGUCCGACGCGUUCUUUUUCCAAGUACACAUAAACCUCGAGGAAAUGGAAUCAUUUGGUCGGGUUGUAAUGAUCAAACGUAUUUACAAACCCAUCGAUCGGAUUCAAGAUUAUCAGUACAACCUCUUUCAUUUCCACCCGAAGCUUAUCAAUACAUUUCCGCAGCUUAUCCAAAUCGAAGAUAUUUAACAGAAAAGAAAAUACAAUAA